GCUGGGAGCUACUAUCUAGUUGGAAUUUGACUUCCGCAAUCAAAGUAUUGCUGCACAGAAUUUUGCAACUUGACAGGUGAUCUGCGUCCCAACAUCCAAGAGAAGGGACUCAAACCUGUUUCCUUCUGAAUGUCCUUGGGAUUCUUUCUAUUAAGGGGGUAAUAGUCUCUUUGCGUGCAAUGUCAUACAAUGGGCAGGUGAAAAACAUAUGCUGUAUGGUCUUGAUCUCCUUCAGGUGGCAAGAACAUAACCUUUCAGCAAAAGGAGUAUUUUUAUAUUUUCCUUCUAGUACAGCAGAGGGGAGGAACAAACACCUUGCCAAGGAGACCGUGAACAAAGUGCUCCAGCUCCACUUCAAAGAUGACAAAACACGAGUCAAUGGUGAUGCCCUCCUGCUGAUGGCAGAAAUGCUCAAAGUGUUCGUCCGGGAGGCAGCAGCACGUGGAGCGCGGCAAGCUCAGAUGGAGGACCUGAACAAGGUGGAGGUGGAGCAUGUGGAAAAAGUCCUGCCACAGCUGCUUCUGGACUUCUAGAAACCCAGUGCUACAAAACCUGCCUUCAUGUUACCGGAGAAUCUUUCCUGACUUCUGGAGUAAACGUGGGCCAGAGACUUUAUACUGAAUCUGUUCCAAAGGGAUUGUGCUCUCUGGAUUUUUACACCAGUAGGCUCUGCUUCCUUCAGAGUUACCAACGUGUGCCAUCUCUCUAUUCCUCGGUGCCCACUGGCUGUCAAGCAUUGCCUGAAAGGGUGGCUGGCAUCUUCUUCAGCGAGAGACAGGCUGGAGCCCAUGGCACCAAGCCACCUGAGGCUGUGCCUUCUCCUGCUCAUUCCCAUUCACAGCCAGGCACAGCCUCUGCUUUUCUGAUGGGAGAAACAGGUGCCUUCCUGUAGAGGGGUGUGUGGAAAGAGUGAGUCUGCCUGGAGGCCUACCCUUCACCAUGGGCUCUCAUCACCUCAGCAAGCUUUUUAAAAGGCCAGCUCCAGGCCCGUCUGCCGUCUGAGCUCUUAAACAGGAGCCGAGAGCCAGGUCUAUGCCAACAGCAGGUACCUGAUCUUUAUUUUAUAAAUAAACAGUGCCUGUCCCUCAACCCUUUCCAGCAUUCCACUGGGGCCAUGACAUCAAAGAGUGCUUGGAACCUUUUAACCAUUUGAUAUUCCUCUCAGAAGCUGCUUCCCUCUGCUAUAAAUUUGUUCUCACAAAGAAACUUCAAUAAAUCAAAAAUAGCCUCC